AACCAUGAGCUAAGAGGGGCAGAAUGGAUAUGGCCAGAGGGCGUGGCAGCUCGUGCAUAUAACAGCAGGUCCAUCCCUCUUCCAUCACUCCCUCCGUCCCUCUCCUUCUCGUUGCUCGUUGACGUCUCUGUACAAACCUAAGAAGCCACCAUGUCCCAGCCUUCCCAGGUGCAGAGUGCCAUGGCACUUCUGAUUUCUGCCUUCCACAAGUACUCCGGAAAGGAGGGAGACAAGUACACCCUGAGCAAGGGGGAGCUGAAGGACCUGCUCACCAAUGAGCUUGGUGACCUAUUCGGGAAAACCACAGACCAGAAAGCACUGGAUAAGAUCUUCAAGGACCUGGACGCCAAUGCUGACGGAAGCGUGGACUUCCAAGAGUAUGUCACCCUGGUGGCCUGCCUCACCAUGCUCUGCAACGACUUCUUCAAAGACGCAAAGAAAAAGUAGAAAGGACAUAUAAAUAUAUGUACUCAUUUAUUAAAAACAUAAAAUGUUUGCUUAAUCAUAAACUCAAAAGUUUUCUCAUUAUGUAAAACGAAAAUGUUUGAAAUAAACUACUUUUAAUAUGUGA